CUUCGCGUCAACCGCCACUCCGGACGCAACUUGAACUACCCCAAAGCCAUCAUGCGACUGGUCCUCGACAAGAUUGGAGUCGUGCUCGAUCGCACGCAGUAUCAUACCGCACUUUCGACUGCCAACAUGUUUGCUCGGCUGCUGACGACACGCUCCCACCGAAACCUGCGCUCAACGGUUGCGCUUGGAAAGGGCACUGGGAAGGUGUGGUUCCAGUACGCGGCCCGCACCGUCCUGGAGGACGUGCAACGUCGAGCCAAAGCCUGGUCUUGGCCAGCGAUCAAGGCCCGUCGUGACACGCGUGUCGAUUACAAAAAGCUGUACAUGAGCCUCCUGACUCUACGCCAGCAAACAACGUCCGAAAAGAACGAGGCAAAGAUUUUGCAGGCGCUUGAGAAAGCCGAGGAGCCCAUGCAUGUCGACGACGUUUUGCGCUACCGUCAGCAGUGCGACCUGCAGCUUCGCAAGGAAGAGCUCAUCAAAGCCAAGGCACUUCUCCAACAGCAUCAGCAAAAGCAAAGCAACAGCUCGUCCUCGUCGUCCUCUGCCGUCGCUUCUCCCGCCCCUGUGGUCACCGGCGGGUUCUUUUCCAACUUUUUCAAGAGCAAGGCCGAAAAGGAAGUGGAUCGCAAGCGCCAAGAACUUGUCAACAAGCUGCACCAGCAGCAACAACAGCAGCAAAAGCAACAACCAGAGGAAGUCACCGCCUCGUCCUCGUCUUCCUCGUCCUCGUCCUCGUCCUCGCCCUCGUCGUCCCAGAUGACCGAUGCUGAGCGCAAGUUCUUGUACAGCGCCAUCGACUACAAUGAAGACGAGGAUGUCACCACCUCUGCAAGCUCUCUCCUUCCCAAAGAUUACGUUGCCGUCAAGGUUGCCGUUGAGGUCGAGCGCAACCUCAGUGUUUCGAUCAAGGACGGAGCAAGCACUGUUGCUGUUUUAGCCCUGGACAAGCCCGAGCUGCACCUCUUACAGCGACCUGGCGCGGAAGCUCUGGGAGUGGCUGUGAACAUUGCCGACAUGGAAAUCUCCUCGCCGUGCGCAAAGAGCGCGCGCUUCCCGUUCGUUCUGCGCCGAAGCCCGUCAACUUUGACCAACAGUAACAGUAGUGCCGCCACGCCAGCCCUUUUCUCGGUCAUGUUUGAGAAAAACCCGGCCAGCGGUGUUGCAGAUGUGCUGGUCAAGGCAACCUCGCGACCGAUCGAGGCAGUGUACAGCCGGGCGCUCGUCGAACGUCUGCUCGCCUUCGUUGCCCUCCCGGCAUCGCUUCGUGUGGACGAUGUGUCUGCGGCCGCUUGGCGACGCUUCGAGUCGUUGCAGCACUCAACCCGUGCUGGUCUCGAGCACGCCAUUGCCACACAUAAAACCAUUCAGCUGGACAUUGACCUGCAUGCGCCUCAAAUUCUCAUCCCAGCGCAUCCGCGAAUGGCUACUUAUAGCGGCUCCGAUUUCGACGCCCUUCAUUCAUCUGAUGCCGCGCAAAUGGUCGUGAUUGAUCUUGGCAAGCUCAAUCUCACGAGCAAGCCUCAGACUGCUGGUGCGGAAGACUUGCGUGCAGCCACGCUGGAGCAAGUUCGCGAGCUGGUCUACGACCGAAUGGAUUUGAAAUUGCAAAACAUUCAAAUCUUUCUGGCAUCCUCGCGGAGCGAAAACGAUGCCCUCUGGCGUAAGGCGACCUCUUCAGCCGCAGCCAACGCACCGUCAACAUUAGAGAUGGUCGCCCCGAGCGCAGUCUCGUCCUUGCUUCAUCCCUUCACAGUUGCGCUACACCUUCAGGUCUGCAAGGCUGCCACGCAAGUCGACCUGCCCGUGCUGAAGCUUGAAGGUCGAUUGGACGAUAGCUUGCUGCAAUCGAGACAGCUCAAAGUUGCCAUUUCGGACGACAAGCUUGCUCAGCUGCUAUCCGUCGUGAUGUCGUCCAUUCCAGUCCAACCAUCCAACGCGACACCACGCUCGAUUGCGCCCUCGCCGUCAAGUGCCACCCUGUUGACCGACCUUGCAACCCAAACCUCUGUCAAUCCAGAGGACCUCGUUGCCACCACUAUUGAUGAAGCUUCUGCAGCAGUGAUCAAGGAGGGCGACAAGAACGCCAAACAGCAGCUGGAGGAGAUCCAAAAGCAGAACGAGCAGCGAGUGCUCGCGUUCGUUCACUUCGAGCUCAACUCGAUUGCCAUUGUUCUCUCCAAGUUCCGUCCCAAUGCUCCAGACCUACCUGUGCUCGAGUUGAGCUUGAACGAGGUGGUGUCAACGCUUCAAAAGCGCAGUCACGACCUCUCGCUUAAAGCCAGUGUCGGAGGGCUGAGUGUCAUCGAUCGGCUCGCCGAAGCAUCCCCCACAUCGUCAACGUCGUCUUCUUCUGCAACGGGUGCUCCUCAUGCUGCUCUUGGUGAGCCGACUUACAUUGUCAGCUCGUCAUGGCAAGGCUCGGGCGCGCGCAAUUCGUCCCCCUUGAUGGACUUUGCACUGAUGCAAAUUCAGCCCGAUUCGACACAAUACAACAAUGUUGAUGUUGCCGUCAACGUCAAGUUUGGUCAACUGGGCGUCGUCCUGCGGAACGAGUCGCUUGUCGACCUCUUGCGGUUUGCGCUGCACGAUCUCCAACCCACCCUGGCCAAGUCUGCUUCGCCCUUCCAGCCCUCACCAGCUUCAACCGUUGCCGCCGCCGCUGGCACCAGUCCCGCCACUGCAACUGCUGCUCCUGUGACCACAACGGCAGCCUCAAGAGGCUUGAGCAAGCUUGAAUCGCAAUUUGCCAAGCUGCUGCCGUCUGCCCCGCGUUCGACUCGUCCAAAGUCGCCCGUCGUGCAAUUUGCCGUUGCAGCGACCGUUGAGCAGGUCCAGGUUGUGCUGAAGCGCGAUAAUGCCAGUCUAGUGACGACCGCGGUUGCAGGACUUGCAGUUCAGGCGUCGCUCGGCCGCGACGACGUGACCCUGAAGGCGUUGCUCAAGUCUGUCAGCAUUGAAGAUCACACGGCCAAGAAUGCCCUCCACCAGCAAAUCCUUUCAGUCCUCCACACAGUUGACACGGCUGGAGGAGAACUGUUCGAGCUGCACGUUCAUAGCUUUUUGCCUGGAUUUAUCGGACCUCAAAAUCCUCACGAAGUCGACAUCAAGGUCCGAGUGAACGGCCUGCGACUCGUAGUCAUGCGCCGCUUCAUCUGCAAUGUGAUCAACUUUGCCGUUCCGUUCCAGCGUGCACUCGCCAACUCGUCGCCUGCCUCUGAAUCAUCAUCAGCGAAAAGCAAGGCCACCCCAGCUUCCCUCGCUACGCCGUCAACCGCCUCGGGUGCCGCUCCACCAACUGCCUCUUCCGACCCCUCUGUGGCCGGGGAGAUUCUGCUUCACCGUCCUUUGCCUCGAAUCAAGCUCGAUGCGCAAAUCCAAGCGCCUGCCAUCAUUGUGCCCCAAUCCUCGAACGAUUCGCGCUGUCUUGUGGCCAACUUUGGUCGCAUCGAGGUGACAAAUGGCUUCACCGUGGCUGGUCAAGACAUUCAGACCUACAUCGACACGAUGAAAGUCAAUCUGACCUCAUUGAGCGUCUCCAUCCGUAACUUGAGCCGUGACGACGGGCCCGCUUCAGCGCUCAGCUCCCCACCCAGCCUUGGAAAUAUGCUCACGACGACGUCGUCCAAGCCCGGGACACUCCUCGGCUCUCCGGCCUCUCCUGUCUCGCCGUCGGCAUCAUCCACAUCGAUUGGCAAUACGUCAAGCGUCGAGCUGAUUUCGGACGUCAAUGUGGCAGUUGGCAUUGAGCGCGUGCUCAAUCCCGCCUACCGCGCGCAACCUCAAAAUCAAGUGGCCGUGCUCAUUCAGGACAUUCAGCUGGCAAUCCGCCAGGCCGACUACGUGUUUGUCCUCCUGACCCUUCAGGGCAACUUUAAGGAAGGCACGAUCGAUGUGAUUGAACCCGAUGCAGCAGAAGUCAAGCUGCAGCUCGCACAACAGCGUGCUCUGGAAAAGCAACUCCGCGCUGAUGAAAAGCGACAGAAUGCCCGUCCCGACCGUCUCAAGGCACAGGAUGAAGCUCCGUCGUCGUCUUCUGCCUCUGGUGCUGUCGACGAAGGCUGGACUGUUGCCGCUGUCCAGUUUACCCUCAAGAGUGUUCAGCUUGCCCUCGUCCAAGAGCUGGCGCCAGAAGUUUCCGCGCAGGUCGCGGUGGCGCGCAUUGUUGGUGUGUCUGGCAAUCUCUCCGUGUCCAGUGAGAGCUUUGUUGAACUGCAAACGCGCAUUGAUGCAGUCCAGAUCGAAGACACCCAUCCGCUGCAUGACUCUGUUGUGCCAGCCUUCCGCAAGGUGAUGGACAUGGUGCCCGACCCGCGCGCGAGCUCAAGCGCUCUGGCAGCGCUUGUUCCUCCUGCACUGACCCUCCGCUUCCAACAGGGCCUGUUCUCUCAAGCCAUUUCGGCUUCCUGCCGCGGGCUGUGUCUCACGUUGUAUCCCACCUUCCUGAUGACGCUCAAAGAGUUUUUGGACACUGGCGUUGAGAUGAUGGACCUUGCAACUGCCACCGCCGAGGAGGAGGCCUUCCAUCAGGCCACAGACGCGACCGAUUCGGAAUUGCUCAAGGAGGAAGAGUUUGAGCUGGAGCGCCUGACUGCUCGACAACGCGAGGCGCUGGAGCGACUGCUUCGUGCAAACCGUCGCGCCGCCAAGCGCGUCGAGCAGCAACGGCGUGUCGCUGCAACCGCCAACACGAGUCGGUCGGUCAAGAUUCAGCUCACCAUCAGCGAGCCGCAGAUCAUCUUGAUUGAAAACCCCAACAGCGCCUACAGCCACGCCAUGUCGUUGAGCUCGGAAGUCGCCGCCAAUUUCGCAAUGAGCCAUGGCCAGAGCAACAUUGACACGCAAAUCACCGAUUUGACCGUGCGCUCGGGCGCUGCCCUUGUCCUGCACAAGCGUCUGCAGCGCGAACGCCGCAAUGCCUCCACACCUGCGCCAAGCGUCACCUCUGCAAUGAAGCCUGCAUCUGCUGUUGAGACGUCCUUCUCGGCUGAAGACAUUGAGGCUCUCAGUCUCGGCGCCACCAACAUGCUCGCCCCGUGCUCUUUGCAUCUGUGGCUCAAGGCAAACCCGCCGCCUGCGACCGGAGGCUUGCAAACCGACCCGCUGGUGUUUACCGUGUCCUACCAGGACCUGGUAACCCUGGCGUCCAUCGCAACGAUUUUCUCGACACUGGCCGCUGCCGCGUCCGGCAUGCAAAACAUUGCCAACAUGUCCGAAGAAGUUCGGCAAAUCCAUGAGUCUCUUGCUGCAAUUCGCCAGCGCAAACGUGAUCGGCAGCAGUCCGCCGUGCGCGUGUACGAGUGCCAUCCGGCGAGCAAGUCGCAGUGGUUUUUCGGCUCGGACGGCAGCUCUGAUGACGCCAUUUCCGUCGAUUCCAUGAGUGUCGCAAGUGUCCAAAGCGACACGGAUUCCGCCAUCAUUGAAACGUUUGACAUCUUCACGGAACCAAUCACGCUGACGCUCGUUGAUGACUGUAAUGGACGCCACAACCCUCUUUACGCCGUCAAGGUGGAAGUGAGCGGCGCCGUCAACAACUGGACGACUUUGAUUGGUGGCGCGUUGCAAGUUUCGCUUGGUGCAUCGUUCUUCAAUUCUGCGAUCGAUGUUUGGGAACCCGUGAUUGAGCCGGUUGCUGUCGAUGGCAAGAUGGUGCCGUGGACUGUUUCCAUUAAUCUGGAGCAGCAACGCAACUCGGACCACACCCUGCUCAACCUCAUCGCACUGACCACCUUGCAGCGCUUGGAGCUUUCCCUUGAGCACUCUGCACUGGAGCAAACUGUCAACGUGGCCAGUGAGUGGGCUGCAGAGCUUGGAGCUGUGCUCGGUUCGGUCAAGCAGCAAACCGCCGUGGCCAUCGCACGCUCCAAGUCAGUGUCCACCUCGGCGUCCUCCAGCGCUCUUUCUGCCAUGUUGGCCGAACCGUCGGCUGCGUCAUCGGCUCGUGCGCCCGCCAAGUUUGCGGUUGCCUAUCGCCUGGCCAAUCAGACCGGUGUCGCGAUGCUGUGGUGCCGCGCCCAUACCAUGCCAAAGCAAGGCCAUCUUGCGGUUGGGCGUGAGGCCAACGCUGCGCUGUUUAUCUCCGAGUCCACGUUGGCUGAGGCGAGCGAUUCCACGGCUUCAUCGAAAGCAUCGCCCACACUCAAAGCGCAAGAACUUGAUCGCGCCAAAGAGCUCCUGUUCCGGCUCGAGCACGGACAGAGCCAACCGUUCUCACUUGUCCAGGAUGCCACGCAGUCCAAUCCUUUCGACUACCGCAGUCGAGCGCAGAAACAACAACAACAGCAGCAGCAAGAACAGGACCGGGCUUCUUCGAGCAAGGCUCCCUCGCAGGCCAACACUGCUGCGCUGGGUCUCCCGUCCAUCUCUAUCGAGUUUGAAGGGUUUGCCCCAUUGAAUGGUGUUCGUGUGGACAAGAUUGGCAGCUUUGUCUACUCGCUCGAGCCGCUUUCCUCCGCCAUGAAGAGUGCCACCGGCGGAGGUGUUGCACACGUUGCGUGCCACGUCGAGCUCGAGCAAGGCGUGAAAACGCUCAAGUUCCGCUCGCCCUACGUUGUGGAAAACCACCUCCCCGUGUCACUCGCGCUCGGAAAGCGUCGUGUCUCGGCAAAACCGUCGAGCCCAGCCGACAUUGACGACUUUGUCGUCCUUGCUCCAGGCCAUGAUUUCCCGCUGCCGCUGCAUGAGAUUUCUGCAAUUGAACGACUGCACGUCCGGCCGAUUUCAGCCUCGAACGACCCCUCCUCGCUCGCCCAUGAGUGGUCAAACUUUGCGUUGGACUGGUCCCCGUGCAGCCUUGUACAGGCAGAGAAUCGCACGGCCGCGCCAGUGGUCGCAAGUCAGCGCGCGCUUGUCCGAGUACUGAGCUGCUCUGUUGGAAACGUGCCCAGCUUUUACAUGGCGACAAACCCGAUUCGGCAUCCGCUGGAGACGCCGGAUCAGUUUGGCACGUCAUUGCUCCACGCGGCCACCGCUCUGGCCAUUCUGCCCCCGCUCAUGUUUGUCAACUUGCUGCCAACGCCUGCAUCCUUUGCCAUCUCAGACAGCACGACGCAGCAAGCUGUCAGUUACACGGAGGGUGUUGUGUUUGGCCAGCGCCUCCCGCUCUUUGACGUUGACAUUACGCGCGACUUGGUCGUGAGCGUCGAGCUGGGCCAGACGGCCAGCCAGCUGGGUCAUGAAGAGUCCUUCCGCUCCGAGCCGACCCUGUUCCAUUCGCGAAACAGGCCGCUCAACGUGGACAGCGUGCGACUUGCUCUGCGUGACAUGUCCAACGCCAACUGCGCCUUGUCGGUCAGUCUCUGCAACGCGCCAGUGGUCGGACAACAGGGUCUUGCAGGCCUCGAGUUCUUCCUCCAAUGCCCGUACUGGAUUGUCAACAAGACGUCCAUGCCGCUGGCCGUGCACCAGGCCCUCGCUGGUGACGCUGUCGGUCAAUCGACCAUCCGCACCAUCCAGCCCAACGCCUCGCCGGUCAUCUUUGCAUACGGGAAGGAUGUGCUGUUCUCGAAAAAGAAGGCCGCGUUGGCCGUCCUCCCCGCUCCUUUGAAGGCCGGCGCGCCUUUGCCAGCCGCCUCCAGCCUGUCAUGGAGCGAACCAUUCAGCAUGGACGCUGUGGGCAGCUCGGGCAUCGUGCGCGCCAAGUGGGAGGUUGAAACCGCGCCCAACCAACGGUCGACCAUGUCGUCCGAGUUUGCCGUCAGCCUUCAUUUUGGUGCUGCGCGACUGAGUCGCGUUGUGACUUUUGCACCACGGCACACCCUGAUCAACCACUGCGGUACCGAUGUCUUGUUCUCGUGCUUGUCCUCCGACCAAGAGAAUCAGCAACUCAGCCAGGACAUUUUGUCGGGACGUGGUGCUGGUGCUGGUGCUGGUGUCUUGCCCUGUGGGACGGGAUGGAUUGCACGCCAGCAGCGGCAGCCAGUCACCUGGCUCGAAGGGGCAGGGCGCAAGCUCCGUGUCCGCAUUCGCCUGCCGGAUGGCUCGCUGUCUCUUCCUUCGGAGCCCUUCUCCAUUGAUGCUCCGGGUACGCUCGUUUUGAAGGUGAUUCAUCAGGACACGAAUCAAAUCGUCGGCAAUGUUUCAAUCUUGCAGGUCGAGGUCGCCAUGUCCGAGAGCACCGUCUCUGCGACCCUGUCCAUCAACAACAAGGCUGAGCAAGUCCGCGUUGAAAACCACACGCGCUCCUCGACCUUGCUCUUCCGCCAACAGCAGCCAGAGUCCAACAGUGCGGCUGCUCCCCACCCGUUGCAUCGAGUGGGCGCCCAGUACGCCAUGCCGUACGUGUACGACUCCUUUGAAAGCAAGCACUUGCUGCACGUCAAUGUCGCGGAAUUCAAAAUGCAGGAAGUCGACUUGGACUUGGACACUUUUGGCGUGACCGAGCUGCGCGAUGCGUCGUCACGCAAGCUCAAAACCGCUCCAACGCUCGAAACGCUAGACCUGGACGAUUUCGACGGGACCAUUUACGCCGUUGUCUUCCCGGACGGACCUAAACGAGUGGUUCUCUUCACGGACGAUCAGAACGUCUCCAAGCGGCUAGUCGCGUUGUUUGGUCUCUCUGUUCUGGAACAAAUCAGCAGACGCUCUGUGCGUGACACGGCCCAUCUUCAAGUGGAUGUUCGCCUUGCUGGAGUUGGCAUUUCGCUGUUGCAAAGCAAUCCGCGUCCCCGCGAGCUGUCUUACAUUUGUCUCGAUACGAUUUCCAGUGAUAUCGUGCUGUCGGAUUUGGCUCAGCAGCUUCGCUUCUCGCUGCAACGCCUGCAAGUGGACAACCAGAGCUACAGCGCCCGAUUCCCGUGUGUGCUCUCCCCAACUCCGGUUGCCAAACGCGACACGCCUGUUGAUUCGUCAGCCAGCUCCUCGACCACGUCACUGAACUCGGCUGCCGCCGACCAGAGCGCUCCGGCCCUUUCGGAUGCACCUCCAUUCGUGCAGGCGCUGAUCGUCAAGUCACCGGCGCACGGCGCUGCCAAUGUCCUCCUUUUCCGGUACAUUUCCAUUCUCAUUCAGGCCAUGGACGUCAAGCUUGACGACGUGUUUUUGAUGGACGUGGUCGAUUUUGCCCUGAUUCGUGCGGUUUCGCCGGCUGUUCUCGCCGCGCGCCAAGCCUCGCGACUCGCAAUCAUGGAUGGCAACAAUCGCGCUAGUGCCGCGCGCACUGCUACUGUUGCCCAACAAGGAUCGCAGCUGCUCGCCCAGCCAGCUGUGGAGGCGCUUGAGGAGGAACUGCAGUGGAGCCGGUCCUUGCUCGUGGCCUACGACACCACUAGCAGCAGCGUGGUAACCGCGUCCGCGCACAGCUCACAGGCUGUCUCGCAUUCCGCCUCCACUGCGAGCGAUCUCAAUAGUUUGGCCGGAACCUCAUCCAUCUCUUCGCAGCAAGCCCAUUCCGAAAAGCCGGCAGCCCCGAGUUUGCGUGUGUACAUUGAGUAUCUUGAGCUCCAACCUCUCCGCUUCAACUUGAACUUUAGCUUGGUUGGAAGCAGCAGCAACAGCAGCAGCGGCAGCGGCAGCAACAGCAGCACUCCAUCCGAGUCGGUUUCGCGCUCGUCCUCCCACGCGAGUUCCAGCUCUCCUGCACCUGGGAAAUCCAGCUCCGCCGCGCGGUCGCCGUCGCUCGUUGGCUCGGUGCAAUCUGCGACUACCACACUGGUCAGCACGGGUGCGGCGGCCAUUGAGAAUCCCGUGCGACUCAUCUUCAAGUCGAUUGGGCUGACCGUGGCUGACAUUGACAAUGCCCCCAUCCGACUCAACGCUCUGGUCUUGACGCACGUGUUUGAAUCGCAGACUACCCUUGCGGGCAUUGUUGUCACCCACUACCGCGAGUACGUCAUUCGAGAAGUCUACAAGGUUUUGGGCUGCUUUGAUUUCCUCGGCAAUCCAGUGAACAUGUUUACCAAUCUCAGCACCGGUGUCAAGGACUUUUUCUACGAGCCCUUCCAAGGCAUCGUCAAGGGUCCUGGCGAGUUUGGUGCCGGCCUCGCUCGCGGCACUCGCAGUCUGGUCAGCGGUGCGCUGGAAGGCACGAUGGGUUCGGCUGGUCGCAUUACGUCGUCGCUCGGCAAGGGCCUGGCUGCCAUGACCUUUGACGACGAGUAUCGCGAGUCGCGUCGUCAAGCCUUCCAGGAUCGCCCCGAUACAGUGGCUGGCGGUCUUGCGGUCGGCGGCAAGCAGUUUGUGAAGGGCCUUGCAGGCGGUGUGGCCGGUGUCUUUCUAUCCCCGUUUGCUGGUGCCAAGAAGGACGGUGUGGAAGGCUUCAUGAAGGGCCUAGGCAGAGGCCUGGUGGGUGUUGUGGCCAAGACUGUCGGCGGCAAAUGUGGAGUUGGACACGGGAACGCUCAAGAAGCAUAG